AUGUUGUUCCACGGUCGCAUUUCGUCAGUGUCCCACGGAUUCUCAGCCAACCAGGAGCAGCAGCAGCAGGAGCAGCAGCAGGAGGAGCAGGAGCAGCAGCAGCAGGAGGAGCAGCAGCAGGAGGAGCAGCAGCAGGAGGAGCAGGAGCAGCAGCAGCAGGAGGAGCAGCAGCAGGAGGAGCAGGAGCAGCAGCAGCAGGAGGAGCAGCAGCAGGAGGAGCAGCAGUAG